UUGACAGAUAUACGAUUUAAAUCGUACUCAUACUAUUAUUUGUCUAUUUUUUAAUGUACGAUCGUAAAGAUUAUGAUCGUAAUUCGCACAAAAACAUACGACUUUUUGGUUACCUGGCAACAUUUUUAUUAUGAAACGAACAUGCUCACAUCAUCAGUCACAUGCAACAAUUUAUUGGGGAUUUCCCCUUCACGUCUGGCAGUCCUGCUUGCUAGAAUAUAGGUAAGUCAGCCACAGUUACUGACGAUCGAUAUUUAAAGGGUAUUGUUUUUGUGCUAAAUAUUUCAUAAAAACGUUAUUUAAUACUUUGUGGAUUAUUAAUUUAGUUGAUAAUCACUGGAAGUAAAAUGGAUGCUAAUUUGAGAGAUCAAGAUCUUCGUAUAAAACAGUUAAUAAAAGAAAAUCUACAAAGAAAAAAAUGUCUGCCAAGCCGUAGCCGAAGCCGAUCUCCAAAUAUAUUUGGCGAUAGUGAGACCCAGUGUCCAGAUGAUUUACCCAGCGUCGUCGCAACAAAGAAAAGAAACGAGGAUAAAGUAAAAGAAAAUUUACUGAAAGAAGAAACAAACUGUUCUAAAUGCUUAAUUUAUGGAGAAGAGGAUAAAAGAAAUGAGUAUUUCGGACUGUUAGUGGCUCAAGAAUUUAAAUAUAUACGGCCAUGUGUGCGAACGAGGUGUUAUGAAGAAAUUUUAAAGUAUCUACGGGAAGCAAAAGGCCAACAUGUUGAUCAACUGCAACAUGAAAACACUGAAAAUUAAUUACUUUCAUUUUAUUAUAUAUAGAUUUUUAAAAUUUCCUGAAAUAUUAUUAGUUAACGUUUUAUUU